AGACUUUUGGAAUAGGGGCCUAUCAGCAUGGGACAUCUGGCCUUGGGAAACUUUGCCUGCUCUUCCUUGCAAAAACGCUCCAAAUCUGUCAGAUUGCAAGGGCAUCUCCUGUGCACAGCCCUCUUCAGGUCAUCCCACAGAUUUUAAAUUGGAUUUAAACCUGGGCUCUGGCUGGUCCAUUCCAAAACUUUGAUCUUCUUUUGAUGAAGCCUUUCUUUUGGAGGGAACAAUAUAUUUGUUUCGCAAAUCACAGCGGUCUCUUCUGGGCAAGCUAACACAGGAAUUUAGAACAGUAACUGCUGAUCGAAGGUCAUGGAAGAUCUUGCUGUUUGGUACAAUAAAUAUAUUAUGUACUGCAUUCCUGCUUAUGUGGUGUAGUUCUACAAACAGCAUAGCUUUAACUGCAUAUACCUAUCUAACAAUCUUUGAUCUUUUCAGCUUAAUAACAUGCUUAAUAAGUUAUUGGGUGAUGAUGAAGAAGCCUAGUUCCUCAUAUUCAUUUGGAUUUGAGAGAUUUGAAGUCCUAGCAGUAUUUGCUUCUACGGUUCUUGCACAACUUGGAGCACUUUUUAUACUUAAAGAAAGUGCUGAACGAUUUGUUGAACAGCCAGAGAUUCAUACGGGUCGAUUGCUGGUUGGUACCUUUGUGGCACUCACUUUCAACUUGUUCACAAUGCUUUCAAUUAAGAACAAACCAUUUGCUUACGUGUCUGAAGCGGCAAGUACAAGUUGGCUUCAGGAACAUGUUGCAGAUCUCACUAGGAGCUUGUGUGGUAUCAUUCCUGGGCUGAGUAGCAUCUUCCUUCCACGUAUGAAUCCAUUCAUCUUGAUUGAUCUUGCUGGGGCUUUAGCUCUUUGUAUUACAUACAUGUUAAUCGAAAUUAAUAAUUAUUUUGCAGUUGAUACAGCUUCUGCAGUGGCUAUUGCUUUGAUGACAUUUGGUACCAUGUAUCCCAUGAGUGUCUACAGUGGAAAGGUAUUGCUUCAGACGACACCACCUCAUGUGAUUGGACAACUAGAUAAACUUAUACGAGAGGUUUCUACUUUGGAUGGAGUUCUAGAAGUUCGAAAUGAACACUUCUGGACAUUGGGGUUUGGUUCACUGGCUGGAUCAGUUCAUGUGAGAAUUCGAAGAGAUGCUAAUGAACAGUUGGUACUUGCACAUGUGACAAAUCGGUUAAGUGCGUUAGUAUCUAUUUUGACUGUUCAGAUUUUCAAAGAUGACUGGAUUAGGCCUACUUUGGCUACUGGACCUAUCGGGAACAAUAUGCUGAACCUUUCAGAUCAUUACAUUAUUCCAAUGCCAUCUCUAAAAGCAGCGGAAAAUUCUGACCAUGUUACAUCCACUCCAACUAAACCAAGCAGUCCACCUCCAGAAUUUGCUUUUAACACACCAGGUAAAAAUAUGAACCCUAUCAUUCUCAUGAACACUCAGACAAGGCCCUAUGGAUUGAACUUCAACCAUGGAACUGUACCUUAUAGCAGUGUCUUCACUCAAGGCUUUGGAUUGCCAGGAACAGGAGUAACCCAUGGAUUCAGGACUGGCUUCAUUAAUGUUCCCCAGAGAUAUGGAACUGGCACUCGAGGUCAAUUAAGGCCCUAAUAAACUCUUUCUAUAUUUAUUGUUUAAAAUUACUUCAAUUAUUUUAUUGCUCAUUUUUCUACAAGACUGAUUUCCUGGUAAACUAGUAUCAGAAGUUUUCAAAAUCAUGAAAACGUGCCCUCAUGGAUUGACUUUUUUUGAUGCAGUUAUCCAUUUCUGUGACUGUAAAGCCAUAGCUUUAUAAAAGGUUAUUGCAAUUGCAUAUAUUGCUGGUCUUGUAAAUAAUUUCAACAGUUAUGUGAAAGGAACUCCAGAAAAUAAUGGUUUUGCAAGGUGUCUAUUAACAAAAUUAUUUUUUAAAAAAUUUGUCUUUGAUGUAGUCAUACAAUCAUUUUUAAAAGUUAUACUUUCUGAACAAUGAAAAAUGAUUAUUUGGUAAGUCCAGCAAAUUUCCUGAAAUUCAGGUUGAUAUUAAAAUGCUUAUGGAUAUUCUUGCUUGUGGAGUGCAGAGGAGACAUCAUGAAAUAGGACAGUGUGGGAAGACAAGGUCAUCCACAUACCUGUAACUGAUUAUUAAGAAUAUUAUGUCCAAUACGUUUCUCACAUGCACAGUUACUUUUCUGGAAGAAAGAGGACAUCAGAGAUUUUAAACAAGAACACGUAGACGGUUAGACUUUAAAGACAAGUUUCUCCCCUCCUCCAUGAGCAUAGCCCUGAGGGGAAGAGCUGAAAAUGUCAGAGUAAGGCCUAUAGCUCUUGUAAAGAUCCAAAGAGAGGGAUUCCUAUGGUGGUGCCUAAUUACAGAGGAGGGAAAUGGAAUUAAGAGUACAGAUGGAGAUUCAGAAACGGUGAAGCAAGGUGUUAUGGCCUGCCAGCCACCAGCAGAGCUAGCAGCAGACUCAGAUGAUGAAGUUGGGGAAGAACUUGGGCCAGUUCUAGGAGGACUCUGAUAGAUGUCUGUGUCGGACUCAGAGAUACAGCCAGGGCUGUCUGACAUUUCCCAGCCACUGGAGAGCAACUGUCUUUGGAGGCUGAGAUGAGUGAGGAGGAAGAACAGCUGGGGCCUGUUCCAGAUGCAUGUAUGCACAGAGCAGUUAGGAGAAGUGAACAACGGAGGGCAAGGAGUCAACUCGGGAAGCAAAGCACAUGUGGACAUUGAAUGGUUCCUCCUGGCUGGGGAAUAAAUAGAAGGAAAGGGAAGUG